GGAGGAUGGGGUUGAAAUAAUUAAAUUGAUUAACUAUAUAAACUCUAAAUUUCCUGGGUUUUAUAGCCAAUUUGUUAUAAUGAAUAACUAAUAUGAAAGAAGCUCUCUAAUAGCAGAGAUAAUGGGAGUGCAGGUUAGGAUGCUGUGAAGCAGGAGUAGGGUUUUGUUCUGGUUUUGGAUGGAGUGCCCUUACUGUUUUUGAUGGAACACCUGUCUUCCAGCGAAUUUGUGCAUGCUACUUCAGUCUGGGGUAAACUGGGAUACCUGCAGAUGUUGAUGAUUUUCUGGAGUUAGUCUUCUACUGUGACAGAGAAACUGACUUCUCAGGUGAUGAUUUAUAAAGUCCAAUGUCCAUUAUAUAGUGACACUUGACAAUGCCAGUGCAGUGAGCCAUAAGACAAAUGCAGGUGUUGCCAACAUAGACAGAUUUCCUCAGGUGGACUUCUUUGUAAAGAGAUUUUACCCCUCAGAAAUGUUGGUUACUCAAAUGCUUUCUAUAAAUUCACUGAUAACGCUGGUGAUUUUAUUAUUUUGAGAGUUGGAAAUUUUUAAGUCUUCUCCUAAUUAAGCUGUUUGCCUUAAAAGGGAGCACUUGUUUCUUCACAAGUCUUUUGUAACUUUCAUAAACAAGGUUGCCCAAAAGUAACCAAAUCUGAGAGCAUGAAGGUACACUGUAUGCUAAAAAAUGGCCAUAGGUAUGCCCUAGGAAGACAAUGUCUCUGUAAAUAGACAAAAUUAAAGAUGCAGAUUCAAAUAGAGAAAAAAAUUAAUUGUGAAGGUAUGUGUUUGCCGUGAAGACUUGACAGGCAGUGUUAAACUAAAAGGAUGACAUUGUGUCUGAUAGUGACCUCCUAGGCAAUUAUAAUGCUAGCAGGUCUUUGUGACAGCUUCCAUAGGACCUUCCUUGGAGGUAGGUGAGGCUGGAGACGUGCGUUGUAAUCCACAGAAGAUCGUUCCAGCUGAGCAUUCUCUAAGGGUGCCCACCACAUCUGUUGAAAGAAUCACUGCAUUUGUAUCCAGCACAAUGUUUCUUGAGUCACAAUCAGCUUUUCAAAUUUCCCUGGAUGGUGUGAGGAUGUGGUCACAUAUGAAGCAGAAUUUUUUAUUAAUAGUAGGUUUGUUUUGGAGGAAGGACAACCAAAUGGUAGCAAAGGUAAGGAAGAUGAGAGUGCUGAAUCAAUGUCAGGUGAGUCACCAGAACAGAGGGUUAACUAGCAAACAUCAUGCUUUGGUGCAUAGAAAAGCUCAGUGUAAAAUUGAGUGAAUUUUUGUGAAGGUAAGGGUGAUGUCUAAUCUGCUAUAUGCCUUCUACAAUGCUGCUAAGCAUCUCUACACAAUCUAUUUUCUCAUUGAGAAGAGCAUUACUUGUUAAACUACCUGCAGACCAGUAGCUGCUAUAGAUGUACUUCUUCUUGCUCAAGGCCUCUAUUUCUCAAGCAGAUAUGAGAAGAAACACUCUAAGCAGGUAAUUAUAAUGUAUGGAAAGGGUAGGGUUUUGUCUCUGUGGGAAAGCAAAUAAAUGCACUUAAUGUCAAGAAAGGGUGAAUCCAACGUGGCUGCUCAGAAAUUAAAGUAGAAAAGCCAUAGUUGGAGAAAAGAUGUAAAAGUGCACCAAUAUUCCAUAGCUGUUGGGUAUUGUUGCCAAACUUGCUGAUUUUUCUGUCUUAUUGGUGCUCUCCUUUCCUAGUAAACCUUACACUUUCAGGAAAUUUGUGUGACCAGCUGGGUUAACCCUGGGAAUGCUUGUAAAAUUUAUUCAGCAAGGAUAGCAAUAUGUGACCACUACAGAAGAAUUAAUUUGCCUGUACAGAGCAAUAAAUUCCACAUCUGGAGAAAGCUAGCUUGAUCUGGAAACAGGGCUGAUGCAAAUUCUGCUUGCUGGCUCGAGUCUCUCAAAAGAAAUGUUGAAGCAGCAUGACGGUAACUUUGUAACCUGCAAGGAUUUUGGAAAAAAACUUCAGAUCUUGCAUGCGGACAAAUGGAUUGUUAGUAGAAUCAAGAUGAUACCACUGGGAUCAGGGGCUGCCAAGAGGUCUUAAUGAGCUUCUGCUGUGAAACACAAACAGGGAUAAGGCACUAGUCGCUACCUCAGCAUGGACUCCACAGAAGUACAACUUGAGGUUAUGUUAAAGAGAUCAAAUCAAAUAAGCUGUCUGAGGAUUGUAACUGAGAAGAAAAACUGGCAUUAGAAACCUGAUUCUGAGGCUGUGCUUGGGUUCAAGGGUCUCAGGGUUAUAAAGAAGCUGGAUGAAGCACAGUGUCAGGCCUAGUCAAUAAACAGGAGGUACCAGUUUCAACAGGAUUAUCUUGUUUAUACCAGCUGGGCAGUUGAGUGCUGAACAAAGCAUCUUCUCCCAUCCAGGUCUUCUCAGCCCUGGCUGAUGGAGAUAUAGACCAUUCUGGUCUCUCCUCAUCUGAAAGUUUGCCUUGCAUAUGCUCUGGAGUGCUUGAGGAUGAAGUGUCUCAGCUGAAAUGCCCUGUAGAUAUCUGCCCCUAAUUAUCGAUGUGACUUUAAAAUUAAUUUUAAAAGUUUUUAAUAUAGCUUCAUAGCUGGUGCAUGUCCCCUUAAAUCCAAAAUCUCAGACAUUACAGGGCCAGAUAAGGACAAAUUAUUGACCUUAGAGCUGAAUUUCCUGCUGUUCUGUCAGUUCAUGUUGCAUCUUCAUCUUAAGCAAUAAGAUGAGGAUUAUCUCUUCAGCAGAAAAAGUAGGUCUAAGAGACAUAAUAAGGAUAAGGAUAAUGGACCUUCACCUUGACAGUCAGGAGGCUUCACGACAAUAUCAGCUAGGAAGUUGUGCCUCCAGCAAAGUCUAUUCAAAUCCUAAUGCUGAUGUGCCACACACCUAAUCAUUUUAGCCCCAUGGAUGAAACCUUCCUCUUAGGAGGGGGCAAAAGAAGUUGGGAGCCCUAAGGAUGCCGUUUUAAUAUUACAACCUGUUUCUCUACCUUUCAGAUCUCUUCUUUGCCCUGUCAGAAGGCGGUCAUCUGUGCUUUGAGGCAAGGGACAAAGGUCACUCUGUGUGUAAGGACUAGUUUUCUAGUAGCUCAAAUCACAGAUCUGUCUGCAAACAAUGGCUGCCCUGGUUGAUGGAAGGUAAACUCUAGAUCGGACAGUUCUCCUUGUAUGCUUCUGAGGGAUGGGGGCAUCCCUAUAAUGUGCUGCCAAGACUAUCACAGAGAUGGAAAAUUAGAGAGACCCUGGUCAAGAUUGCUUUAUAGUCUGGAUUCAUGAAUUGUAGUGUAAACUUCCUCUAAUAUGUGUAAUUGUAAUUACUGGUAGGGAAACUUACUGUAGAACAGUCAUCUAUGAAACUCUAUUAGCUGUUCAGUGGGAUACCUACUGUGAGAACUGUAGUGGAGCUCUAAAAUUCCUGGUUAAUCCUUUCUUACCUCUGGUAGAGAUCCUUCCAUACCACCUUUUUAGAUUUGAGUCUUGUGUAGUUAUUCAUUGCCUUUCUUGCUACAGAUACAAGGGAGAGCUGGGGGCCUUGGUAAUAACUAAUCUUGAAGGCAAGUUAACCCUUAUAUUAAGCAAUAUGCCUCAUAAUACUUAACAAGUCUGGAACUGCUGUAGAAGAGCCUACAAUAAGUAGGCUCUGCAAGCAGAAUUUUCAUCAGUCUUCUCAGAAUACAUAAUGAACAUAAUUUGCAUCUCUUACAAGAGGCAGUAUGGAGUGACUCCUGUGGCAGUAACUGCUACAACAAUUUGUGUAUUGAGAGGCACAGUAUCUGGGGGGUAGGUGGAGUGCUCUUCAGUUACUGCUGGGAUGAAUGUUUAAUGAUAGGCUUUUGGCUGCUCCUGGGAUAACCAGGCUGGGUAAGCAAACUGCAGUACCCAACAACGUGGCCAGGAUUGCACGGGUUUAGGCUGUGUGAAUGCAAGAAUAGUAGAGGAAAAUCCUAUUUAUCAUACAGAUAAAUUUGUGAACCAGUAGAGAACACACUUAAGAGUAAGCUGAGCAAAACAUAUGCAAUUUCUCUCAGUACAGUUUGCAUAUACCCAAACCGCAAAGAAGGAUAGCAGUGCCAGCAGCAGACAGUUAACUGCAUGCAGCUGACAUAACCUAUGAUAACAGCUUCAAUAUGUGUCAAGUUCCUGCUCUGAGAAGGAGGGGUGAAAAGCAUGGCUAUUGCCAAGAGUCCUUCACUAUACUAGCAAGCAAGAAUAUCAGAAACAGGCCUUCUAGGCAGGAGGGCCUUAGGAGUACAGUUGGAAGUGAAGAGUUUGAUUUGUUGUUCAGUUCAAACUCAGUGGCAUCUGGGUAAACACUAGCUGCCUUGAAUAACAACUGCUUUGCUUCUAUGUUGUUUGGUAUAGCCAGUGAGUCUCAAGCAGGAAUACUGGCAAAAGGUUGAGCAGCAGCCACAUUGCUUGAGAUUCCUUAUCCCUUGGGCAGGUGAUGCUUUCCUUAGCAAUAACUACAGCAGGCAGCUGAGCUCUGGCUCAGGUGCCACUAAUUUGUGAGGCUUUACAACUGGAAACUAAAGAGUUACAGAGGAGUGCUCCCUUGGCAGGUUGUAAAAUAUGCUGUCUUCUUGAAGGCUGAAAGGAAGAAAAUUCUUGUGGAUAAUUUAAAUACAUAAUCUAAUUAGUCUCUGUUUCCAAAGUAAUAGCUCUCUAUCAAGAAAGGUAUCCCAGUAUGCCCUUCCAAUUUCUUUCUAAGGGAAGAGUUUGGAGUUCAGAUGUUGGUAUUGCUGGUACUAAAAUAAUUUUUUCAUUCAAUAAAUUAAUGAUUAGGUCACCAUAGCUAAUGAACAGAGCAGGAAAGGCUGCUGUCAAGCCUUGUUGCAGCAUUAUUCCUGGAACAACUAAUAAUUUAAGGUGGAAUAGCUAGAUAUUUGGGCACUACCUUUAGAUACUGAAGUUCCUGGCUGAAAAAUAAUUCUAUCAAACACUAUGACAGUGCUAGUUUACUUCAUCUUGUGAUUAAUUCUUCAGGGAACCACAUAAAAUGAGCUCAUUAAAUGCUUUUCACUUGUGAAUAGGUAUUGUUCCAUGUGUUCAUCAGGUACAGCUUAUUUAAACUGGUCAUUACUGCUCUUGAGCCCACUGCUUUAAUCUUCCUGCAAAAGAUAUAUUUAUUUCCAUGACAAGUGGAAGAAAAAUCUGAAGUAGAGCCACUGCUGUAGCUGGGUUGACAAGUGACUUAUUAUCUGUUCAGAAAUCAUGUGCUUGAAAGCAUAGUAGAAUGAUAAAAAAGUACCAAUUGAAUUGCACCACUUGAACAGUAUGACCUGUUCAGGCUCAGCUGCUAACUUAGUGAUAUUCUCUUGGCCAUGAUUCAAGUGUGUAUGAAACACUUUCAGGAACUUAAAUUUCUAUGUUCUUGCUAAAAACCAAGAGGUUCAGAGGAGGCUGAUGUGAUGAGAACAGACUGUUCUGUUCAAGUGAUGAAAUAGCAGCUGGCAAGUUGGCUGAACGGUGAGCUCUCUGUGUGGUUUCACAGGCGUGAUCCUGCACCAGCCAUGGUACAUGCCAACAUCUGUAGCUGACAUGGCUAAUUAGUGCACUGAGAUCUUUAUCUGCUUUGUAGCUGGUACUAGGGAAGGGAGCAGCACAAGGGAGGUAUUCCCUGAUGUGUUUAAUGCUGCACUUCUAUCCUACUAAGCAGAUGAAGGUCACCCUUCCCUGUUUCUCAUUACUGAUUGUAUAUGAUGAACACAGAUGGACUAUAUUCCACAUCCUGCAAAUAUGUUAAGCGCUGUUGCAGUUUAUUCCAAACUGGAAUUGGUGUUGACAAAGGAAGCCAUUGGCUUAAGGCUGCCUUUAAUACCUCAACAAAGUACCAGUCCACCUCUUGGGUAAGAAGACAAAACAUCAAAGAGGGCUUGAAAAGCAAGUUGCACUCUGGAAGUUCCCUAAAGUAAAAUCCCGUUAUUCUAGAAAUACUUAGUCCAACAGGUAAGUGCCUGGUUUAACUAAAGUCACAAUAUCAAACAAAUGAUCUCUUGAACAAAAAUCACAUUUCUACCAAUCUACAGCCUAAGCAGGACAGUUCAACAGGAUUUUUGAACCGAAUGAUGGGUGCAUUGCUAAUGUAAGCCUUACUGAAUUGUGGGAGUGACAAUCAGCUGCACUUGCCAGGCAAUGUUGUUUAAUAUCCUUUUUUCCCCUCUCUCUUACAAGACAAACCAUGGGACCUUUGGUUAUGCUCUGCAGUAUAAAAGUAUGUAUUCAGUCAUCUUUCUGACAAGUAAUACUGCUCUUGCAUUCCAGACAUUGCUAAAACUGCAGGUGAAUAGUUCCCAAGCCAUCUGUGAACUUUCUUCUACUACUUGUCUUCAUGCAGGUAUUAGUCAUGUGUAAGUGUGAACACAUCAGAUAUAACUACCUGUAGGUAAGACAGUUACUUCUCAUGGAUAUUAGUUGCUGGAUAUGUGAGUUCAUAACAGAAUUGUUUUAAUAGAGAAAACAGGCUAAUGUUAAUGCUUGAAUCAGAACAAGCAUCUAGAAUGUUCCAUCUAAAUCAUUGUAAUCUCUUGUGUCAUGUUACAGAAGGUUUAUUCAACUUGAACUCUUUAGAAACUGCGAGAUACCAUAGCAAUGGGUGUUCUAGCAAUGAAAGAAAGCAUUUAAGAUUAUAUUUUAUUUGACUCCUCAGCAUGAGUGAUCCUGUUUAAAAAGCAAAAGUCUGAUCAGUACUUUUAUGUUUUUGAUUUAUUAAUGCAUGCCUAGGGAUUCUCAAGGCUACUACCAUUGAAGCAGGACAGGAACUAAGUAGAAAAUAGAUAAUCAGAUGGGGAGUUGUUAGAUGUAAAUGUCAGUCAGCCCUACAGGGGCUCACCCAAAUCUGCUGUUAUACUCCUGAUGUGAGCAGAAGGCUGCCAGUCAGGAUGAUUUACUGAAAACAGACUGUCUGGCUUUACAACUUUGACUCUUUCCAGUCACUGUGUGAAUUGCUGUUCAGCCUUUAGCCUAUUUUCUUAGCUUGAAAAAUAAAAUCUUGAAUUCACUAGCACAGCCUUCUAACCAGAAGAACCUGAGUAAUCCUUCAAGAAUGGUGGGGGAGGAAACAACCUGCCCCAGAAGCAUGUUCAGCAGUUGAGCUGUUGCUGUGCUUCCUGUUACUAGUUCAUCCUAAUAGUAUUUCACUCAGCAGUAAAAGCUUCUCUUGUCCUCUCCCAGCCUUACAGAUUCUAAUUCAAGGUUAAUAUUUACAUGCAAUUACUCUUUAAGCUGAAUCAUGUACUUGUAGGGACAAAGAAGGAGCACAGGGUGUGAAGAGGACAAACUAUUGGGCUGCUGAGCAGAUGUUUAUCUUAUCUACCUCUGAAUUUUUGGAUGUCCCUAACCUCUUAGAUAAUGUCUCAUCAACUUUGAGACAUUUAUAUUUGUCUGCUGAGAGGGGAAAAACCUGUCUGUUGGUGAGGGUUCUCUUUUGUCCUUAAUUCUAUGAAAAAUUACAGCCAUAAUGAAGAUACUCAAUUCACUUGUCCACAGGACAAAAACAUAGUCAUUAAGGGUAUCUAUUGUGUCUCCACCCCUUUCUCAAAUAAAAGAUAUCUGUAAAAGCAUCUCUAAGGGAAGCUAAAUGUUUCUCAACAAAAAUUGUUUGGCAUGUUCUCCCAAGUCUUGCUAAAAAACAGGUAUUUCAGGGAUGACUUGUCAUUACUGACAGCCCUCUCUGCAAAGUUCAAAGACACCAAAGUGCAGUGUACCAGAAGUUAUAAGACUGACUUUCCUAAGGUAACUGUGUAGAAAUGAAGUACAAGUCUUGAAUGGAGAGUAGUCUGACUUGAUUCAGCAGGUAGCAGGUCGUACAUCAAGCACUGUGUGUUGAGGGCCUGACAUGGAGUUUGUCUGAGGAGUCAUCAGUAUCUAUCUGCUCUCCACAGGACAGUCCCUGAAGGAGAGGAGGAAGAUACUGCUAGUGGUCUCUUUGCAAGCCCUGUCUGGAGUAAAUUGAAAACCUACAGUGAACAUAACUGGCCACAGUCCCAUCAUGUCUACUGAAGCUGAAACUACUGCUACCAACAGCCAGCCUGAACAACAGGCUCCACCAAAGGCACAAUCUUCAAAGAAGGAAAAAAAGAAAGGGCCAGAAAAAACAGAUGAAUCUCUCUUGGCUAGAUUCAAAGGUGAUGGUGUAAAAUACAAGGCUAAACUGAUUGGCAUAGAUGAUGUUCCUGAGGCAAGAGGAGACAAAAUGAGUCAGGAUUCAAUGAUGAAGCUGAAGGGAAUGGCAGCAGCAGCCCGUUCCCAGGGCCAACACAAACAGAAGAUCUGGGUAAACAUCUCCCUCUCUGGUAUCAAGAUAAUAGAUGAAAAAACUGGGGUCAUAGAACAUGAGCAUCCAGUAAACAAAAUCUCCUUUAUUGCUCGGGAUGUAACAGACAAUCGUGCCUUUGGCUAUAUAUGUGGAGGAGAAGGCCAGCACCAAUUUUUUGCCAUAAAAACAGCCCAGCAGGCUGAGCCUCUGGUUUCUGAUCUUAAGGACCUCUUCCAACUAAUUUAUAAUAUGAAGAAGAAGGAAGAAGAAGAAAAGAAAAAGAAUGAUGGUGAAGAACUGCCUGCUGAUCAAGCUGAUAAAAUGAAACCGGGAGUUGACCAGAUGGACUUGUUUGGGGAUAUGUCAACACCACCUGAUAUGAGCACUCCCACAGAAGCUAAAGAGAUUCUGUUAGUGGAUUUUAAUUCUGAAAUUGAGACCAAACAAACCUUUGCAAAAGAGGAUCUCUUCUUGAAUGGCAUCACAGCCUCUCUUCCACAACCAAAGGCACAGCCACCCUUCUUGCCUGAGAGUUCUUUCUCUACCAAUCUCAGCUUCUUUCCUACACCUAAUCCAGACCCUUUCAGUGAUGAUCCUUUCACACAGCCAGCCCAAUCUGCACAACCUUCAUUUGAUUCUCUAAAAUCUGAUCAGAAGAAAAGUCCAACUACCUUGACAUCAGGGGGUAAUGGUGAUCCAAAUGGUGAUGUUGACUACUUUGAUAAACAGUUUGACCAGAUUUCUAAUAGAACUGGCAAACGAGAAGCACUAACAUGCCUGUGGCCACCUGUGAGUAAGUCAUCUGCAGCAGGAAUUCCCAAUGUGAUACCAGAGAGAGAAAGGAAUGGCUUUCCUGAAGCCCCAACAAACCUGUUUCUGGAAGGUGCUUCCAAAGGAACAUCUCUGCAGAAUGGAGUAAAACUGGAUUCUGAAAACAAUAUCCAGCUCAUGCCACGUGAGCCUAUAACAAUUAGUCCACCACCACAGAGUACCAAACCAGGAAGAGGAAGGAGAUCUGUCAAGGCUACAUCGGAUGACUUGUUCAGCUCAGACUUCUUUGUGCCAUCUACAGAGAGCCCGAGCUCAGGGGCACAGCCAGCAGCUUCGUCAACUAACCCACUGGACCUCUUCAGAAACAGCUCUACCACAGCAUCUCCAUUGGGUGCUAUAGGUGGCUUGCAAUUAACUUCAACACCAUGGACCCCACAGGAAAUUUCCUUCACUCAGGCCACAUCAAUCUUUCAUGCGUCAAUGGUGUCUGUUCAGUCUCCAGGAUUUACUCAGCCACUUGCCUUAGGUACUCAGGCAGUGUCAGGCUGGAACCAGUCUUCAUCUUUUGGUGCUGCACCCACUCAGUCUUCUGGUCUCUGGUCACAGCCAGCACAAGUUGCACCCAGUUCCUGGGCACAGUUCCAGAGCAGCAUGUUCACAUCCUCAGCGCUCCCAGCCCAGACAGCCUCAGCGCUGCCCUCCAUGUCAACAGCAGCUAGCCCACCCCAGCCACCACCCAGAACUACGCUGCAAAAGGAGCUGUCUAAGAAAGAGAGUGAUGCGUUCAUUGCUCUGGAUCCACUUGGGGAUAAAGAAAUGAAGGAUGUCAAGGAAAUGUUCAAAGACUUCCAUCUGACAAAGCCGCCUGCAGUACCAGCAAGGAGAGGAGAACAGCAAAGCCUUUCAGAACCACCAAAGCCUGUUCCUCGACAAAGUGUGUUGCCAGCUGAAGGCCUGUUUGAAAGUCAAGAUAAAACAGAUCCUUUCGGUGCCUCAUCUAAGGAAUCUCAGAAUCCACCUUCUGGUCCUUUUGGUGAUCAAUUUGGCAACCCAUUUGCAUAGAUCAGGUAUAACCAGAAAAGGACAAAUGGAAUAACUGGACCUCUUCUCAACAUGAUUUUUCUAUGUGUUUCACUUUGCUGUCUGCUAUUCUUGCUGAUGUUUCAUGAUGUCUGCAGUCUAAACUCUAUCCAGGUGGAUUGAAGCAUGGACUCUCAAAGAAUGUGCUGUGAAGACAAUUCAGGGCAAAGCAAAUGGGGAUAUUGACUCACGCUGAAAACCCAAAUUUAAGUUGGUGGAUGUUACCUUUACUUUGGUUCUUUGCACUCCUUUACAGAGAGGCUGGUAGCACAGAGUAAUGUGUCUUGUACCAUUUCCCUUUACAUAGCACUUACUGUCCCAAAA